AUGAUGUCACUAGGAAAUAUCCAACAAGAUGUUUUCUAUCAAAGCAUCGACUUCAAGACUGCACCAAGAGCGAUUAAGCUGCCACCAGACAAGACUUCUAACACGCCACAGAAAGGAGCCAUGAUGCCUAAAGACCCCAAGAAGAGUGAGCCCUAUCCAAAACCGAAGGUGGUCAUGAAACCAUCAAUGCUGAAACAUAAAGAUGUCUUCAAAGAUAUCAAAUCGGUUUUGCUCCCUACCUUGGACGAAUAUGGAGCUGUAGUGCCUAAUUCCCUUACCAAGAUAAGAAUCCUUGUCUCUAAGGGUUGGGUCCCAAAAGAAGAUCAUACCGCAAAGGUGGCAUAG